AUGUCUUCCAAAAACAUUUCUGAAGCUCACACUCGCGUUUUGUUACCUUCUGAUGCAUCCCCUUCACAAUGUCCAUCCGGAUUAGCUAAGAUCGGAGAAGUGUAUGGAAGCAAACAGUACAAGAAGAAGUCUUUAAGAUUGGAUAAAAAAAAUUCAAAGACAACAAAACCCUGUAAAAACUGGCAUAUCCAUAAAUUAAACAAUGAUAUAUUACAACAAAACGUAAUUCUGAGUUGCCGUUUUAGUGCAUGUGGUAAAAACCCAUAUACAGAAAAUGCAAACACAUCAUACUAUCCUGCUGUUCUGACCUUUUCCUAUGUUCGAAAGUUGGUCUUACCACCUAUGAUGGCUUCUAGAGCGGACCGGCAUACAGAAUGGGACGACACAACUAUAAUGGUGUUGCUUCGCCUGAUCAUAGAGACAGGAUUUUAUGUCAAGCACCUCAACGGUGACAGUGGAAGAAAGGCAAGCCUAUGGACCAAUCUUCACACCGAGUUUUGCAUCAAUCCCGAUGUGAUACGCUUUGCUGGUACUUCUGCGGGACACCAGUUUUCCCUGAAAUACAGGGACCUUAAAUAUGUAAAGGAAAGGUUCCAAACUGUCAAGAAGGAAUUCCGCAAAGUUGUGGCCGGUAUACAAAGAACUGGAUCCGGUGGCCCUCCUCCUCAUGGGAGGUUUCAAUUUUUUGAUGCCAUGAAAGAGAUAACGUUGUUGGACCCUAGUUUUUUCCCACCAAUGAUCAUCAGUUCGUCGAGCAUGUUGGUUGGAGCAAAUGCAGCCCCAGUAAUAUCCGUCUCAGACCAGGAGCUACUACUAAUUUCAGAAGGCAGUUUUGAGCCUAGCUCUCAGCUGUCUUACCAGUCCUCGUUUCGACUCCCUUCCGCAUCUGUGUCUGCAACUAUGCCAGCACCAACACCAGCACCAGCACCAGCACCAUCAUCAUCGGCAGCAGGAACGGAAAACAGAAGAAUGACGCAACGUGAGUUCCAGUCUGCCUUCUUGCGAAAUUCCGAGAGACAGACUGCUAUCUUUGAUGAGGCUUUCAGCUCCUUAAGUUCGCAGUUGGAGGAGGUGAAAGAUGCCUUCGUCCGCUCAGUAGAAUGUCAAUAUAUACACGCUGUGUCAUUUUGGGAGGCACGUCGCUUGGACAGGGCAUCAAGAGACAAUAACACAAGAGAAGACGUCCUCGCAAGAAAGCAGAUUUCUAGGAACGAUCUUCUCAGCAGAGAAAUAAUCGCAAGAGAAGAAAGAGAAGCAAAAGGCAAAUUGUUAGCCUUUUUCAAAAAAAGUGCAGAUACAAUUACACAGUAUCUUUCUGCUUCUUCUACUUCUCACAAUAAUGCAUCUGACUAA